AUGUCUGGGUAUUCGGGAUACAAUAAUGGAGGUUAUGGAGCACCAAACCAGCAGUACCCGCCCCAACCCUACUACCCACCACAGCCAUCAUAUGGAGCUCCUCCUCCACAAGGAUCUCCCCAGGGAGGAGGCUACGGAUAUCAGCAGCCCCCACCCCCACAACAGCCUUAUGGAUAUUCUCAACCACCCCCUCAACAAUACGGCGGAUAUAAUGGUGUGCCUCCUAAUGCACCACAACAAUAUGGUAGACCAGGAAUGCCCUCGGUCAACUCAAAUGCUUAUGCCAAUGGCAACCAGGGCGCUCCACCCCCGCCGCCGCAGGGAAUGCACUCGUUUGGACAAGGUGCUCCUCAAGGUUAUGCCUUUCAAUAUUCCAACUGCACAGGGAAACGGAAAGCACUUUUAAUAGGUAUCAAUUAUUUCGGUCAGCGUGGUCAAUUGCGUGGAUGCAUCAACGAUGUCAAGAACAUGUCAUCAUAUUUGCACGAGAACUUUGGAUAUCAGCGGGAUGACAUGGUUCUUCUCACGGACGAUCAACAAAACCCGAUGAGUCAGCCUACUAAGCAAAAUAUAUUACGAGCCAUGCAUUGGUUGGUGAAGGAUGCUCGACCCAACGAUUCAUUGUUCUUCCAUUAUUCCGGACAUGGUGGUCAAACAAAGGAUUUAGACGGUGAUGAAGAGGAUGGUUACGAUGAAGUUAUCUACCCAGUCGAUUUCAGACAAGUCGGGCACAUUGUCGAUGACGAGAUGCACAGAAUCAUGGUCCAGCCUUUGCAACCUGGUGUUCGGUUGACAGCAAUUUUCGACUCAUGCCAUUCUGGAACUGCCCUCGACUUACCAUAUGUUUACUCCACUCAAGGUGUUCUCAAAGAACCAAAUCUUGCCAAAGAAGCAGGUCAGGGUCUUCUCAGUGUUAUUUCGUCUUACAGUCAAGGCGACAUGAGCGGUGUCGCAAGUAAUUUGAUGGGAUUCUUCAAGAAAGCAACAACCGGAGAUGAUGCCCACAACAAGACCGUGGCUACCAAAACAUCACCCGCUGAUGUGGUUAUGUGGUCUGGAAGCAAGGAUGAUCAAACAUCCGCCGAUGCUACUAUCGCCGCACAAGCAACUGGUGCCAUGUCAUGGGCCUUUAUCACCGCCAUGAAGAAGAACCCGCAACAGAGUUACGUCCAACUCUUGAACAGUAUUAGAGAUGAACUCGCCACCAAGUACUCCCAGAAGCCGCAACUUAGUUGCAGUCAUCCGUUGAACACCAAUCUUCUUUUUGUCAUGUAA